CUCAAGGUGAGGUGUUGGACUAUUCGUGUAGCCCGAAGAUUGAGUGUUUGGAAGAGCAAGGGAAUGCAAUUUGAGAAUUAGAUAAGAUAGCACAAAAUGUAAAAUUGACAUGACCUGUGAGAAAUUUCUACCUCGGUCAGACCUAGAGGAUUUAUGCUUUCAUGAUUAAAUAAAUGUGAAAUUACAAUUAAUUUAAUAUUGAUACUUAUAACAAACCGUGCGAAAAGCACGGUAUUUGUCUAGUUUACAAGAUAUACAUUUAUGAUCGUUGGUGCAAAAUUAAGUUCCACUUCCAUUGGGUUCUCUGACUGAAGCUAUAGUGUUGGGUAUGCUGAGGAUUGGAGGAAGUUUAGGGAGGUUGGAUUGUUGGAUGAAGCGGUGAUGCACAGGAAGGAUCAGGAAGCGCUUAUGGAGAAACUCUCAAGGCUCGAAAUAGAGCUUUUUGACUAUCAGUACAACAUGGGCCUUCUGUUGAUUGAGAAGCAAGAGUGGAGUUCCAAGUUUGAUCGGCUGAAGCAAGAACUAGCUGAAACUAAAGAGGUUUUAAAACGAGAACAAUCUUCACAUUUGAUUGCAUUAUCUGAAGUUGGGAAGCGAGAGGAAAAUUUGAAGAAAGCAUUGAGUCUAGAAAAGCAGUAUGGAUCUGAUCUUGAGAGAGAUUUGCGUGCAAUGCAAAAAGAGCUUGCCCAAGUCAAGUCUUCCUCCCAUACAACGCUAGAUGAAGCAAAUGCAUCGGUGGAUGGACUUGAAGAGAAGUCUUCAACAGUUAACAAGAAACUUUAUGAUGCAGAAGCUAGGCUUGCUGAGGUUAACCGAACAAAUGCAGAGUUAGAUAUGAAAUUGCGAGAGGUGGAGGUUCGCGAAAUUUUGCUUCAAAAGGAGAGAAACCUUGGUGAGAGAGAAAAUAAUGUGACUGUAAUGGAGAGAAACCUGAAGCAGAAAGAGAGAGAUCUAGCAAUGUUGGAGAAGAAGAUUGACUCUACCAAUUCUUUAUUAAAAGAAAAGGAAGCUGAGAUAAGUAGAAGAGUAUCAGAUUUAGACGCGAAAGAGAUGGUACUUGAGGCGAAAGAGAAGGAAUUACAUGACCUGCAACUACAGAUUAGGAUAAAUAAAAACAGUCGAGAAGAGUCUGGUCACACUGAGAAAGUUAUCGGUAAAAGGCCAGGGAAGCGGAAACACGCACAAACUUCCAGGAUUGUAGAAAGUGAGCAGAACAUUGCUGAUAGUGAAGGACAUUCAGAUAGUAUCACAACUAGUAGGCGCAAGAAGAAAAGGGAAACAGUUCCUCCAUCCCCACAAGUUACUAGGGAGACACGAUACAAUCUCAUGCGGCAUAAGACUGCAGAUACUGUUUCAUCGGCACAAGAUAUAACUAAUGGAACGAAGAACAUGGAGGAGAAAGAAGAAGAGGAUCCUAGCAAGAUGUCUAUUAGACAGAAGAUCCUGAUAUUUCUUACAAGAUGAAAAUGUUACAUUUUUCUUUGAUAAUAAAUCCUCGUUCCUUUUAAAUAGAGAGUAGACAUAAUCUUUGGGUUAUCUUCCAUGUUUAUUUUGAGAUCUUUUAAUGGAAAGAUACGAACCAUUGUUUUGCCUCUUCCAUUUUGACUGUCCUUCAGCAAAAUUGAUUGUACUGUGUAGGCUUGUACUGUUUAGGCACAUAUGAUAGUCCAUUGUUAUACUGAUAGAUGAUUAAUAAUGUCAAAGUGAUAUUAAUAUUCAAUAAUGGAAUUGUAAAGUAGUGUUCGAUUUGCAUGUCAGACUUUUUUUACUAGUAACUUUGAUAUAUAUAACUGUGCUAACAUCUUACGUUGUCUCUUCCGUAGCUUUUCCAUUAACACAAAGGAAGAAAAGAGGUCAGUUUUUUUGGUCACCUUUUGCAUUUCUUUUACAAUUCUAGAUUCCGUUUUCACCAUAUUUUAGGAAUAUAUCCCUUUUCUUAAAACUAUGAUCUCUUCUAUUUGUUUUAGUCCAAACUGUCACUUAUUUUUCCUAGGGAUCCAUGUUGGUAUUUGUCUUGAUAUAUCCACUUCAUUGUUGAGGGGUCAAAUUUGUGCUCGCCAAUGAAAAUUAUGAGGCAAAUUAUGCAACAUAAUUCAAGUAAACUCCUGUUUUGUAGGUGUUUGUUUUUCAUGCUUGACUCAAUAACAUGAUGAAGAGGUUCAAAGCUUUUAGACAAAGUCAAUAUGUUCUCUUUUAUCACAGCAUUGUUGUCUGUGGUAGUAACAUUGUAUUGCAAUUUGCAGCCUAUGACAGGAAUAUGGUGGAUAUAAUAGUUGUGGCUUAUGGCGAUUUGCAUAAAAAUCUGUCACACCAAAUUUGACAAAUACUGCUUUAUCAUCACUGAGUGCCAGGUGCGCUGGGCAAUUAGAAACCUUGAUGUGGCUCAUGCUCAAGUACUUUUUAGUUUUUACCUAUCUGCGCAUGACUUAACAUCAAACUGCUAAAUUUUGAAGAAAUGAAAAGAAAAACCUUACACUGCUAUAGACAAGGUUGGACAUAUAAACCUAGUUCUGAUUAAGAGUUAUGUUGGCUCAUGGGAACAUGCAUUUUUUGUUUAUAUAUGCAAGUGAGGCUUUGAAUUUUUAGACUAGCUUCCUCAUUGGUGCAAUCUUCUGGACCCUAGUUUAACAGAGGCCAUGCAUGGUUAUUGCAGAAUAACAGAAUGACGAGUUGAAUUUUUUUUCUGACCAUCAUAGGUAAUUUGCGAAGGGAGGUCUGGUCUACCAAAGCAUCACCAUAAGCUGCAAUGGCAUGUUUAUAUGGCAGAAUUUUCGCCUUCUGCCACUCCAUCUUUCCAUUGGUUUUUCGUUGAUCUGAUGGAAGAGAUGAUAUUGCAUGUACUUUCUACUUCUAUGUUGUUAGUCAAUAAAAACUAGUCCAAGUUAGUUUUCUAGCACUGGCUAAUUUGAUUGACGUAAGACUUGAGUUUUUGGAAUACAACGAAUGGAGACACGGUUAGACUCAGUUAUUUCGAUUAAAGAUGUAUAUUUUUGUUAUUAUAAAUAUUCAUUAUAUUUUACUAAGACAAAUGUUAUCUUUACAU